AAUUGUUUUUCUUUAAGAUGUCGCAAUUAUUUUCUUUGAACAAUCGUUCAUAUGCAUGUAAUUAACACAACAUUUUAAAGAAUUACAUUUGUGAAACUAAAUAUGGGUUAUGACGAUUGAAUAUGUCGUCAUUGCAUGUGAUGAAGUGGCAAUCAUGGAGGAGAGUGAGGAAGCGUUCACAAAUUCACUGCUAAAAGAUGAAUGCUAUUCAGACUUCGUGACUGAGGACUUUGACGUGAAAACGUACACAGCUCAGGCUAUUCAUCAUGCUGUCAUCGCCGAACAGCUGGCCAAGUUGGCACAGGGAAUCAGCCAGCUGGACAAGGAACUCCACAGCCAGGUGGUCGCCAGACAUGAAGACUUACUUUCUCAAGCAACUGGGAUUGAGUCUCUUGAAGGUGUCCUCCAGAUGAUGCAGACCAGGAUAGCUGCCUUACAGGGAGCUGUGGACAGGAUAAGGACUAAAAUUGUGGACCCUUACAACAAGAUUGUCGCCAGGACGGCCCAGCUGGCCAGAUUACAGGUGGCGUGUGACCUGCUGCGGAGAAUCAUCCGGAUUCUGUACCUAAGCAAGAGGCUCCAGGGGCAGCUCCAAGGGGGCAGCAGGGAGAUCACCAAGGCUGCCCAGAGCCUCAACGAGUUGGAUUACCUGUCACAGGGUGUGGACCUGAGUGGGAUAGAUGUGAUCGAGAACGACCUACUGUUUAUCAGCCGAGCCAGGCUAGAGGUGGAAAACCAGGCCAAGAGACUGUUGGAGCAGGGCAUGGAGAUACAGAACCCGACCCAGGUGGGUACGGCUCUGCAGGUGUUUUUUAACCUGGGAACUCUGAGAGAAACCAUCAGUGGGGUUGUUGGGGGGUACCAGAGCACCAUACAGGACAACGUCACCGCCACCCUGGACAUCAAGAGCCUCACACAGCCCACCAGCUCCAGAGGUGCUCCAGGCCGGGCAGUGAUGCCUACCCCGGGGAAUACUGCUGCUUUCCGAGCAGCUCUCUGGACCAACCUGGAGAAGCUGAUGGAUCAGAUCUGUGCUGCCUGUGGACAGGUGCAACACCUCCAAAAGGUCCUGACCAAAAAGAGAGACCCUGUCACUCACAUCUGCUUCAUCGAUGAGAUCCUCAAGGACGGCCAGCCUGACAUCCUAUACACCUUCUGGACCUCGGUCACCAAUACCCUCUCUGUAGAGCUGCAGGGAGCUACGGCUGCCUCGUCCUUUCUGAAGCAGGCCCUAGAGGGAGAGUACCCCAAGCUGCUGCGCCUCUACAACGAGCUGUGGCGCCGCCUGCAGCAGUACAGCUCCAGCCUCCAGGGGGCCCCGGGGGUCUGCUCCGGUCCAGAGGCCCCGCUGGAACUGGCUGGCCCCGAGCCAGAUGGCCGGGACCUCUUCACCCACGCCAAACAGGACUACAACCCGGAGAAGGUGUUGAAGGACUCCCUGCAGCCUUAUGAGGCAGCCUACCUAUCCAAGUCCCUUUCCCGCCUGUUUGACCCCAUUAACCUGGUGUUCCCCAUGGGGGGCUGCAACCCUCCCUCCAACGACGAGCUGGACAGCAUCAUCAAGACUGUCAGCAGCGAGCUCAACGUGGCGGCUGUGGAUCCCAGCCUCAGUCUGGCCGUGGCCAAGAACGCUGCCAAGACCGUCCAGCUCUUCUGUGUCAAGUCCGAACAGCUGCUGUGCACUCAGGGAGAUGCGAGCCAGGUGAUUGGUCCGUUGACAGAGGGCCAGAGGAGGAACGUGGCGGUGGUCAAUUCUCUCUACCGCCUGCAGCAGGCCAUCAGCAAGGUGAUCUCAGGAUUGGGCUUGUGCCCUGUGGCGGCUGAACAGGCUCUCACUGCCUCACUGGAGGGGGUCCAGGCUUUGAUGACCAGUGCGAUGCAGCCCCUCCUUCAGUCGGUCAGCGACUCUGUCGAAGCCAUCAUCAUCACCAUGCAUCAGGAGGACUUCUCAGGCUCUCUCUCCAGCCAGAGGAACGAUGUGCCCUGCUCUUUGUACAUGAAGGAGCUGCAGGGUUUUAUAGCCAGGGUCAUGGCCGACUACUUCCGCCAUUUCCAGGGUGUGGACUUCAUCUAUGACAGUACCGAGUCCAUAGCCCGGCGGGCCAUCGCCCUGUUCGUCCGCCACGCCAGCCUGCUGCGCCCCCUGGGGGAGGGAGGCAAGAUGAGGCUGGCGGCCGACUUUGCUCAGAUGGAGAUGGCAGUAGCUCCCCUGUGUAGGAGAGUGUCUGAGCUGGGAAGGCCUUAUCGCCUGCUGCGCUCCUUCAGGCCUCUGUUGUUCCAGAACAGUGAGCUGAUCGCCAGUAGCUCGGCAGUAGGAGAUCUGAUCCCAUACAGCACCCUGCUCCACUUCCUCUUCACCAGGGCUCCCGCAGAGCUCAAAUCCCCACAUCAGAGAGCUGAGUGGUCCAUCGCACGCUACUCCCAGUGGCUAGACGAUCACCCAUCAGAGAGAGACCGCAUCACCCUCAUCAGGGGUGCACUGGAGGCCUAUGUGCAGUCUGUAAGGGCUCGUCAGGGGAAGGAGUUUGCCCCGGUUUAUCCCAUAAUGCUCCAGCUGCUCCAGAGGGCCACCAGCGGGGCUCAGGAAACCAGAACCUGAGGAAACUACAACUCCCAGCAUACACCUCACUACAGUCUGGCAUGAACAGGCAGUGGAUUACCAAGGUUAAAGCUGAGAAGAAGCUAACUUUGAUAGGGAGAGGGCAGCCCUUGAUUUAGAAUGAAAUGGGAUAGUUCACUAAAAUAAUGAACAUAAACAUUCCUUGAUAAUAUUAUGCAGCUUUAUGUCCAUUUGUCAAUUUAGUGUUAGGGUUGGUACGCUUAGCUACAUUAGUCAAACAAUUGAAGGCCAUUAAUGAGCACAAAUGAAAGAGGCCUCCUAUCCCUGUUGUUAUAUGGACCAAUUACAGAUGAUUGGUCAGUUUCAGCUUCUAUGGAUAUGUAAAUACCAUCAAGGAUUCUCAAAUCUGAUCAUUUAUGGCCACUUCAUACAUAAAUUAGUUUUUCUCUGUUGAUCUGUAGUUUACAUGAUUUUGGAGAGAUGUGUGGGGUUGCAUAAGUUGUCUUGUAAUAAAUACAUGGGCAUAACGUGGUGGGUGUGAGGUGAAAGAAGAGAGGGUGGUGUGAUUGUAAUGAUUAAUGAAUAAAUGAUUCCAAAAUGGA